UAUGAUUGAAGCAGAAUGGAAGUAUUUAAAUGAGCCUAGCUGUAGCAUUAUUUAGGUAAAUAGACUAGUCAGUGUCAUAUUCUGAAUGGCUCGCUAAUAAGGGAUUACUUUGCGUGCGAGUCAGCGGAGGUUGAUUAAAGAGGGAUGGGCUGUGAUGUGUUCAAGAUGGCGGCGCCCUGUGGAGUGUAGAGACUCUAACAGUGGUGCCUGGAGACUGUAUUGGCCGGAGGCCCAGGGAGCCCUCCAGGCAAGACGCUGUGAGAGAGACGACUGGGACACCCCCUGCCCUCCAGGCCUUGACGGAGACUGUCUGCCACCACCUCACCCUCCGCUGUCAACAUGGCCAGAGAGCAGCCCAACGUUGGGGACCUCCUCCCUCUCCUGGAGUCCUCUGACAUACGCCAACUGGAGGAGAUCAAAGGCCUUAUCAAUGAGCACCUCAGCACUGAGCGAGGGUCAAUGCUGCUGAAUGGACUGGUGGACUACUUCUUGGAGACUAACUCGGCCCAGGCCAUGCAUAUCCUCUCGUCAGUCAGAGAGCCACAUGAUAAGCACCUGCUGGACAAGAUGAACGAGUGUAUGACCAAACAGGCCUGCCGGCUGCCCACCCUCACUCUGCUUGGCCACGUAGUCCGCAAGCAGCCGUCCUGGAUCCAUAAGAUCGCCCGCUACCCGCUGCUGCUCUCGCUGCUCAAAUGCCUCAAGACGGAUUCAGACGUUGUGGUCCUCAUUACUGGAGUCCUGGUGUUGAUCACUUUGCUACCCAUGAUCCCCCAGGCUGGCAAACAACACCUGUAUGAGUUCUUUGACAUCUUUGGACGCCUGGCUUCCUGGAACCUGAAGAACCCAGGCCACGUCUCCGAGGUAUACCUCAUCCACCUGCACGCCAGCGUCUACUCUCUCUUCCAUCGCCUCUACGGCAUGUACCCCUGCAACUUUGUGUCCUACCUGCGCUCCCACUACAGCAUGAAGGAGAACAUGGACACCUUUGAGGAAGUGGUGAAGCCAAUGCUGGAACACGUCCGUAUACACCCGGAACUAGUGACUGGAACUAAGGACCAUGAGCUUGAUCCCACCAGAUGGAAGAGAUUUGAGAUCCAUGACAUCGUCAUUGAAUGCGCCAAAGUGUCUCUGGAUCCCAAGGAAGCGUCGUGUGAGGAGGGCUAUGCGACCAUGCCCGAGAACCUCUACCCCCAGAUGCAGCUUUGUCCACAAGACUCAGCCUCUAGCCCCUACACAGACUUCCACAGCAGCUGUGGAAGCUCCUCUUUGACCCCCUUCUCUACCCCACGCCAGCCCCAACCACCACCCCUGUCCCUGCCCCCUCUGUCAGGGACUCAGUGCUCCUAUCGUAGCCCCCAGACCUCCAGACGUCAGAACUCUAGCUGUGAACUCAACUCUACCUGUGGGGGAAAAGAACUGUGGAGCCCCUCCUCCCAGUGUGGAAUGGCCACACCCCCUUCCUCCAGGGGCAUGUCACCUAACCCAGAGCUCUCCCAUAGUGCCUCUUACCUCUCAGGCCUCCGCGUCCACAGCACAUCAGGAGGGAAAGGAACACCUGCCUCAAGUACUCCUGCCACCACCUCCCCGCCCCCCACCCUCUCUGAUGAGUUCCCCACCAUCCCCCUGACAUCCAAUACCUCUAGUCCACCACGGAAGCAUGGCUGCCCUGUAGAAGCAUCCAAACCUAGCCUGGUGAGGCAAGAACCAAUCCCAGAUCCUGAGAAAGGUGGAGAGGUCAUCAACAACAGAGAUGCAAGUGGUGGUGGGACCAUUUCCAUGACGCUGACAGAACUUUCAGUCUUUAUGCAGGAGCAGGAGCUAGAGCUUCAGCUGAGGACAGAGAAGGAGAGGGAAGAGGCUGCCAUCACAGAGGAGCUCCUGGAGAUCACGGAGGACAAGCGAGACUUUGCUGCCCUGAGGGGCUUUGACACCCCUUUCUACCGCACCACUGAGACCCUGACAGGUACCCAGGAGAAGGCCCUGCCCAACCACCCACUGGGUGGCCUCAUGAUGCCCCGGGAACCCCACGAUGCGGUGUCCACCCCAGACAAGGCACUGGAGAAUGCCCAGGGCGCUAAUGGUGGUGGGGAUAAUGGUAGAGGCUCGGCCCUAGAGCAGUCCUGGUCUUUCCAACCCAUGUGUCCCUUCAGCCCCAUCGAACACCCACUCCACCGGAGCCCCUCUGCCCCGGAGUACGAGAUGGCCAAGUUCGGUGGCCUGUUCUCCCCCAGCCCCUCCAUCAAGAACCACUCCCUGCCCUAUGAGGCCCUGUUUGAUCUGGCUCUGCCUCGGGCCGCAUCCCUCUUCGUGGGGAGGAGGACAUCAGAGGCCCUGGGCAGGGCUGCUCUCGAGAGGCUGUGCCAGCGGCAGGAGGGGCUGGAGGACAAGGAGGAGGAGGGUCAGGGGAGGGUGUCGGCUUCCCCCCUGGAGGUGCUGGAUCGUCUCGUUCAGCAGGGAAGCGACGCCCACGACAAGGUGCUCAACAGAUUACCUUUGCCAAGCAAGUCAGCUGACUGGACACAUUUUGGAGGCUCGGCUCCGCUGGACGAGCUGCACACGUUGCGUAGCCAGCUGCUCCUGCUGCACAGCCAGCUGCUGUACGAACGCUACAAGCGAGAGCAGCACGCCGUCCGCAACCGACGCCUACUGCGACGCGUCAUCAACGCCACCGCACUGGAGGAACAGAACAACGCCAUGAAGGACCAGCUGAACCUCCAGAGUGUGGACAUCGUGUCUCUGAAGGAGAGUCUGCAGGUGGAGCAGCAGCGCUGCAGACAGCUGUGGGACGACCGAGAGACCGUGGUCACCAGACUACACAGCCAGGUCCGCCAGCUACAACAGGGCCGGGACGACUACUACACCAAGAACCAGGAACUACAGAGUCAGUUGAAUGAGUAUCAGAAGAAGAUGAAUGAGCUGGAGGCAGAUCUGCAGAGGUCCAACAACAAGGUGUGUCACACGGGGCACCUUCUCAACCAGAUGACUACCAAGCUGAGCACCAGUGAGCGCACCCAGCAGCAGAUGAGCUUCCUGAACAAGCAGCUGCUUCUCCUGGGGGAGGCCCACAAGCUGACUGAACAGCGGCAGCAGCACACAGGCUUAGACAAUGCCAUGGAGGCCCAGAUGGUGCAGGUGUCCUGGGGAAAGGAGGUGGAGAGGCUGAGGCAGAGCCUGCUGCAGCAGGGCCAGAAGCUGGAGGCAGCGCAGCAGAGGGUGGGCGAGCUGGAGACACAGCUCACCAAGAAGGAACACCUCAUCGUGGAGCAGAAGAAGUUUCUGGAGGACGUCAAGGGCCGGGCCAAGGGCGUGCUGCAGGCGUCAGACAGCAGGUACCAGGCCCAGAGGAGAGUGACCCAGCUCCUGCAGACGGAGCUGCUGCAGCUCUACAGUAGACUGGAAAUGGAGGGUCAUGCCACCCUGACCACACCCUCCGCAGGGGGCAGCAGUACCGAUCCUGGCCCUCCUAUAGACUCUAGUAUCAUGGAGCCAGAUGAACUUGUCACAUCAGGAACCAAUGAGUGGUCAGAUAACUGCAGACCACCUCAGUCCCCACGACGCAACGGCAGUACUUUAUCUCCAGGGCAACCUAUGGCAAACAACCCCCCUAAGAAGCCUCCUGUCAACUCGGUCAACGGCACCCAGGAAGUCCCCAAGCCUCUCCUUGUGGAGCCUUCCUGUACCCAUACCCCCCUGGCCCCCCCACUGCCCCCUGACGUCACCCCCCUCACUGUUGGCUCCUACCCCAGCGCCAAGAGCUUCCUGGGCAUGCAGGCGCGAGAGCUGUUCCGGAACAAGAGCGAGAGCCAGUGUGACGAGGAGCCGCCACACCCCCGCCUGGCCGGCCUUUCACAGGGCCUGAAGACUGAGCUGUGUGUGGAGCCCUCAUUUCCCCCACUGGGGAAUUCUCUGACGUGUCCUGUCUCUAACCCUGUCCUUAACCUUACCUUUUCCCCUGCCCUUGCCUCUAUACUGGGUGCCCCUCUCACUGUGCCCGUGAAGGAGCACCUGCCUGAAACCAAGCAGAGAGCUACCAAGCAGGAGAGUACCAGACGGAAGAUGGGAGGAGCAAGGGGAGGGGGAGUGGUGGCAGCCAGUUCAGCACGACCUAGACAGCAACUAAGGAUCAUGGACUAUAACGAAACGCAUCACAAGCACAGUUAAAAUACAAGAACUGAGAGAGGAUGGAGAGGAGAGUAGAACGAGUGGUUGGCCGGAGAAAGAGCUCCUAACAGUAAGAGGUUUGAGACAAAGCUCUUUUUUAAAUUCAGUGUUAUUUAUCCCAUUUCCUCAAGUGGACAACAGGAUUUGAACCAAUGAUGUGAUUUACUCCCUUAUCAAAUGUAAAGAUGAAGGAAGGUUUAAAUAAGGACGUAAUGUUACAAUAUACCAGCAGAGACCACUAUCUUUAUCUGCUUAGAUUUCACUUAUAUUUUGGAGUUUUUCAAACUAUUUCAUAUAGAGACACCAUAUUUCCAAAUCCGUUACUUGACGUUUUAAAUGACCACAUCAAAACAAAUUAGUCUUGUAGGGUGUGUCAGAAAGGAUGUUUCUGAAAGCCCGGUUUUGGUUAACUAAUGUCCCUUUUGAGCACCUGUACUGAUGUUGUGUGAGGAGGGGGGUGGGGUGAUCCUCAAGGCUUGGAGAGUAGAUGUACCAAGCAUGGGAUUGUUGUCUGUAAUUCCAACUCCUCUGCUGUUCUUGGGGAGGAAUCAGGGAUUUUGACUGUUGCUACAGUAUAGUUUAUAUACAAUGCAAGAGGAUUGCUUUUCCAUGCUAAUUUCAUUAGGCCUGCAUUCCUGACAGAAAUGUCCUUUAGUAUGUGGGUCGUUCCACCAUGCCAAAAAAACUUUGGAUUUCACCUCAUUUUAACAUUAUGUCAUAAAGAGCACAUGUUAAAUUAAAGAUAUAAAAUAAUAGUGGCACUUACUAUAGUAAGUGCCAAAUAAAGUAAAAGGGUUGACUAUUUCAUCUUAAAUCAGCCAUAAAUCCCCUUGUGACAGGAGGAAUGGAAGCUUGUUGUGUGUAACAGAGUAGUAAUUGAAUACAAGCUUCACAUUUGUACUUUUUGUUAAAACAUUUCUAGCCUGUCUAUCGAAGGGUGAAAGGGUUGACGUGUUUUGCUUGACCCACUCAAUUUUCCACCACAAAAAAAAACUGAAAAUGACAGAAAAGAGUAGAACCAAUUCAACUGCUUUUACACUGUAUUGACUUAAAUGUUCAAUGCUUCUAUUGAAGGGGAAAAAAAAGUUUCAUAUUAAAACGAGAGUUCAGUUCACGUAACAGGGUUGACCUUAAAAUGCGAGACAGACGUAAAUUAAUCACCAAUCACAUUAAAUACACUGCUCAAAAAAAUAAAGGGAACACUAAAAUAACACAUCCUAGAUCUGAAUGAAUGAAAUAUUCUUAUUAAAUACAUUUUUUCUUUACAUAGUUGAAUGUGCUGGCAACAAAAUCA